CACGACAUUCGGAAAACGUCGUGCGUUGUUGAAAGAAAAGUUUGCGUUUGUUCUGAAUUUUAAUUUGGUCUUAAUGUGUCGUUAUUUAGAUUGAUAUAAAUAUGGCAAUAAUUUAGUUCAAUGCAAAAGUAAAUCAUGUCUGACAAAAUUGACACGAAAGUGUUGCAGGUGUCGAAUAUCGCACCAAAUGCAACAAGGGAUCAGAUGAAAACUCUAUUCAGUUACUUGGGCAGAAUAGAUGAAAUCAAAAUGUACCCAGCAGAAGCAUCAGAGCUUCAAGUUACUGCCAAAGUUUGCUAUGUAAAAUAUGAUGACAGUACAAGUGUUGGAGUGGCUCUACAUCUCACUAACACAGUCUUUAUUGACCGUGCUCUUGUUGUUAUACCUGUCAUGGAAGGUGAAAUUCCAGAUGAGCAAUCUGCAUUACAGCGUGCACCUUCUGCUGUGGCUGGUAUGUUGCCAGGACAACCUACAUGGCCCACCAAUGUCAUGAGUCAGUUACAAAGUAUUGGAGGUUGUCAAGUAAUUAUCACCAAUGAUCCUAGAUUAACUGCCCUUGGCUUGCCACAGUAUCCUCCAUUACCUAGCAACACUGAUCCCUUAAAGAUCGAAGAGAUUAGAAGAACAGUAUAUGUGAGCAACCUCGACCCAUCUAUCACUGGUGAGCAGAUAAUGUCAUUUUUUGGUCAAGUUGGUGAGAUAAAAUAUGUUCGAAUGGGAGGGGAAGAGGUAGAAGGUGGUAAAUGUGCAUACGUUGAGUUUACAGACCAACGCUCUAUAGCCACAGCUCUAACAUACAAUGGUGUCAUGUUCCAGGAUAAACCAUUGAAUGUUGCCCACUCCACUUCAACUAUAGAGAAACCUAAAACAAAGAUGCAAGAGGCGGCCCAGAGGGAGAUAGAAGAAGCUAUGAAGAAAGUUAAGGAAGCACAGUCACUCAUUACAGCUGCUGCUGAUUCUGGUGACUUGAACAUAGACAAAACAGUGUCAAAGCUGGCCUCAAGUGAGUAUCAGCCAGGAAAAGAUAGCUCUUCAAAGAAUGGUUUUGGAGGAAGCAGAUCACGGUCAAGGUCACGUUCAAGGAGGCACAGGUCCCGGUCUAGAUCCCGACGUAGAAGUAGAUCUAGAUCUCGCCAUCGUAGAUCAAGGUCUAGAAGAAGAUCAAGAUCUAGGAAAAGAUCUAGGUCACGAAAACGAUCAAGGUCAACCUCAAGGAAAAAGAGGUCAAGUUCAAGGACAACAGAGGCUGUUAAAGCGUCAAUUGGAAAGACGGAAGUACCUGUACCAGUGUUCGGGACAAGUGGUUUGAAGAAACCAGGACCUGGAAUGCCAGGCGGACCAGGCACUGGGAGAAAAAGGUCAAGGUCAUCCUCAAGAAAAAGAAGAUCUAGGUCAAGGUCAAGAAGGAGAAGAUCCAGGUCAAGGUCAAGACGAAGAAGAUCAAGGUCAAGGUCAAAGAACAAGGUUGUAAGGAGAAGGUCACAUAGUAGAUCCAGAAGGUCAAGAAGUCGUAGAAGGAGUAGAUCUCGUCGUAGGUCACGCUCUAAGAAGAGGUCACGUUCUCGUUCAGCAUCUCCACCACGACUGAGACGUGAGGGGUCAUAUCGUGGAUCUAGCAGUGUUGGCAAACCUACUGAAAACAGUUCAAAUCGUGAAAGGAUUGGUAUGAAAAGAAAAAGUUCACCUGUGUCCAAAAGCAAGACAUCUGAUAGAAAGAGGUCAUCAAGUCGUGGUCGGAGUAGGUCUCCAGUUAAGAAAAGCAGCCGUAGAUCCAGGAGCAGAAGUAGAACGAGGAAAAGCACGAAAGGUCGUCACCGCAGUAGAAGUACCUCUCGUAAACGAAGGUCACGUUCGAGGAGAAAGUCAAGAUCUCGUAGUGGAUCACGUCAUAGAUCCAGGAAGGACAAGAAGAAGGAAAGAGAUAGGGAUCGUAGCAGAGACCGAGAAAAGAAGAAGAAACAUAAAGAAAAGGAUCGAGAACGAGAUCGUGAAGAGAAGAAGGAAAAUAAAGUCAAAAGGGAUUAUGAUGAAGAGGAAAAAAUCUUGUAUGAGGAGGAAGAGAAGGCCCAUGAUAAUAGGAAAAGCAGCAGUGAUGAAGAUGAUGACGAUGAUGAUGACGACGAUGAUAAAAGUAGGGGAAGUAGUCCAGAGCCGAUACCUACGCGUAUAACUAAUUCAACUGUUAAUACAGAUGAUUUACAGCAAGUUGAUAUGGAGAUGAGUGAUUGAAUGAACAAAAUGAUAUACAACGGUAUCUCUUGCCUUUUGUAUAUUCUCCGGUUGAUUUUAAGGGAAACAGUUUACAUGUUUUGAUGUCAUAGUUUCUCUUUUGAGCUGAAGGUGAACUUGUUUAUUGAUUGUUUUGAAUGAGUUAAUAUUAAGUAAAAGAUAAUAAAGAUAAACAUUGACAUAUGUUUAUCUUAUGUAUGUUAUGAUUUAUUGCAGACACAGUUUGGUCACAACGUGAGGGUGUAAACAUUUUAUGUUGUAAGGUGUAUUGAAGAAAUUUUGCACAUUUUAUCUUAAAAUCAAAAGCUUAGAAAAUGAAUUCAAUAUCAACAUAAGUGCAUGUUUUAUAUCUUAUUCAAUUUAGUAGAUACAUUUUGUUUAGCUGUCAUGAAUUGUUUUCUGAUUAUAGAUAGAUUUGUAAAGAGGUGUUUGAUACAACAUAAUGAACGAAAUGCUGAAUUAAGUAGAGAUGGGAUAUAAUGUUGUUUGUAUUUUGAUAUUGUACUUUUCUAAUUGUAAAACUGCUCUUUUCUUUCAUUUCAUGAGUAGAUUUCUGUAUUCAUUGAUCAAGCUUACAUUGUACAUGACCAAUAAAAAAAAUAUAAAUGGG